GCGGAGGAGACCGAGACCGUAACGAUGCCGAGCGUGCCGCGGCCCCGCUCCUCUCCCUCUUUCGCGGCGGACGGCUCCUGCUGACGACGACUCCCCGCCCGAACCUGCCGCGGGCCCCGGGCUGGCUGCGCCACUGGCCAUGGUGCCCAGCGAGGAGAACCAGCUGGUCCCCAAAGAGGAUAUGCUUUGGAGAUGCAGACAAAGUAUCUUUGAUGAAAUGAAGAAGAAAUUUUCGCAGAUCGAAAGUGCCGCUGAUGAACCUAGAGUGCUUUGUAUAAUCCAAGAUACAACUAAUUCUAAGACAGUUAAUGAGCGCAUCACUUUGAACUUGCCAGCUUCCACUCCAGUAAAAAGACUGUUUGAGGAUGUGGCCACUAAAGUGGGCUAUGUUAAUGGAACAUUUGAUUUGAUAUGGGGAAAUGGAGGCAGCGUUGCUGAUACGACAUCAUUGGAUCAAUCAAGUGAUAAAUCUGUUGUUGAUGCUGGUUUUGAACCUGGGAAAAAGAACUUUCUGCAUCUGACAGAUAAAGAUGGAGAACAACCUCAAAUAGUAUUGGAUGAGGCCAGUGGAGCAGAUGACCGUAAUCCAGAUAGGUUUAUAGGCCCUCUACCACGAGAAGGUUCAGCUGGUGUUUCAAAUGAUUAUGUUGGUCAGAACUACUCUUAUACAUCAAUUCUGAGUAAAUCAGAAACGGGAUAUGUAGGUUUAGUAAAUCAAGCAAUGACUUGCUAUUUGAACAGCCUUCUGCAAACCCUUUUCAUGACUCCUGAAUUUAGAAAUGCAUUAUAUAGAUGGGAAUUUGAAGAAUCUGAAGAAGAUCCAGUGACCAGCAUCCCUUACCAGCUUCAAAGGCUAUUUGUUUUAUUACAGACCAGCAAAAAGAGAGCAAUUGAAACAACAGAUGUUACACGAAGCUUUGGAUGGGAUAGUAGUGAGGCCUGGCAGCAGCAUGAUGUCCAGGAACUCUGUAGAGUCAUGUUUGAUGCUUUGGAACAAAAAUGGAAACAAACGGAACAGGCUGAUCUCAUAAAUCAGCUCUAUCAAGGCAAGCUGAAGGACUAUGUAAGAUGUCUGGAAUGCGGCUAUGAGAGUUGGAGGAUUGACACAUACCUGGAUAUUCCAUUGGUCAUUCGGCCCUAUGGCUCCAACCAGGCUUUUGCAAGCGUGGAGGAAGCUUUACAUGCUUUCAUUCAACCUGAGAUCCUUGAUGGCCCCAAUCAGUACUUCUGUGAACGGUGUAAGAAGAAAUGUGAUGCAAGGAAGGGCUUGCGGUUUUUGCAUUUUCCCUAUCUGCUGACCUUGCAGCUAAAGAGAUUUGACUUUGAUUACACCACUAUGCACAGGAUAAAACUUAAUGACCGUAUGACAUUUCCUGAAGAGCUAGACAUGGGCUCAUUUAUCGAUAUUGAAGAUGAGAAGUCUCCUCAAACAGAGAGCUGCACUGACAGUGGAGCAGAGAAUGAAGGCAGUUGUCAUAGUGAUCAGAUGAGCAAUGAUUUUUCAAAUGAUGAUGGGGUUGAUGAAGGAAUAUGUCUGGAAAGCAAUAGUACUGCUGAAAGGAUUUCAAAAGCUGCCAGUGAAAAGAAUUUAUUAUUAUAUGAACUGUUUUCUGUCAUGGUUCAUUCGGGAAGUGCAGCUGGAGGCCAUUACUAUGCAUGCAUAAAAUCUUUCACUGAUGAUCAAUGGUACAGCUUCAAUGAUCAACAUGUUAGCAAGAUAACUCAUGAAGACAUUAAGAAAACUUAUGGCGGAACAUCUGGAAGCAGAGGGUAUUAUUCCAGUGCUUUUGCAAGCUCUACAAACGCAUACAUGCUUAUAUAUAGACUGAAGGAUACAACGAGGAAUGCAAAGUUCCUAGAAGUGACUGAAUAUCCAGAGCACAUUAAAAGACUCGUAGAAAAAGAAAAGGAGUUGGAAGAACAAGAAAAGAGACAACGUGAAAUAGAGCGCAAUACUUGCAAGAUAAAAUUGUUCUGUUUGCACCCUGUGAAACAAAUAAUGAUGGAGAAUAAACUAGAAGUUCACAAGGACAAGACUCUGAAGGAAGCUGUCGAGAUAGCCUAUAAGAUAAUGGAUUUAGAAGAAGCGGUUCCCCUGGAUUGCUGUCGUCUUGUUAAAUAUGAUGAGUUCCACGACUAUUUGGAGCGAUCAUAUGAAGGAGAAGAGGACACUCCAAUGGGAAUCUUGCUUGGAGGUGUUAAAUCAACAUACAUGUUUGAUCUACUCCUGGAAACAAGGCGACCAGACCAAGCUUUCCAGUGUUACAAACCUGGUGAAGUCAUGGUAAAAGUUCAUGUUGUUGACCUAAAGCAAGAAACUGUGGUUCCUCCAAUUAGUGUUCGUGCUUAUUUGAACCAGACAGUUACGGAAUUUAAGCAUCUCAUUUCAAAGACUGUACAUUUGCCAGCUGAAACAAUGCGGGUUGUGCUGGAACGUUGCUACAAUGAUUUGCGUCUCCUCGGUGUGGCUAACAAAACACUUAAAGCUGAAGGCUUUUUUAGGAGCAAUAAAGUAUUUAUUGAAAGUUCAGAGUCUCAGGAUCGACAACUGGCAUUUACAGAUUCACAAUUAUGGAAACUCCUAGAUCGGCAUGCAAAUACAAUCAGACUGUACGUUUCAUUACCGGAACAAUCUCCUGGAUCACAGUUCAGGCGGACAGUUUUACAGAAAGCCAGUGGAGACUCUGGAAAUCUAGAUGAAAUAUUACCUCUAGGUAAUAUGAAAUCAGUAGAAGCUAUCCUAGAAGAAAGCACUGAAAAACUUAAAACCUUAUCUCUACAGCAACAGCAGCAAGAAGGGGAUAAUGGAGACAGCAGCAAGAGUACAGAGGCAAGUGAUUUUGAAAACAUUGAAUCUCCUUCAAAUGAGGUAGACUCAUCAGUAUCAGCAGAAAACCGAGAACUUGAAAACCAAAUACAGGUUUCUGAUCCAGAUAAUUUCCAGUCAGAGGAGCGAUCAGAUUCUGAUGUGAAUAAUGACAGGAGUACAAGUUCGGUGGACAGUGAUAUUCUUAGUUCCAGUCACAGCAGUGACACAUUGUGCAAUGUAGACAGCGCUGCUAUACCCUUGGCCAAUGGACUUGACUCACACAGUAUAACAAGCAGUCGGAGAUCCAAAGCCAACGAAGGGAAAAAAGAAACAUGGGAUACAGCCGAAGAGGAUUCUGGAACCGACAGCGAAUAUGAUGAAAGUGGGAAGAGCAGGGGAGAAGCACAAUAUAUGUAUUUCAAAGCAGAGCCCUAUACUGCAGAAGAAGGUUCGGGAGAGGGGCAAAAAUGGCUAUUGAUUCAUGUUGAUAAAAGAAUUACGCUCUCUGCCUUCAAACAACACUUGGAGCCUUUUGUUGGCGUUCCAUCCUCUCAGUUUAAGGUCUUUCGAGUUUAUGCCAGCAAUCAGGAGUUUGAGAGUGUUCGGCUGAAUGAGACCCUUUCAUCCUUCUCAGAUGACAACAAGAUAACAAUUCGGCUUGGGAGAGCAUUGAAGAAAGGUGAAUACAGAGUCAAGGUUUAUCAGCUCUUGGUAAAUGAUCCAGAGCCCUGCAAGUUCCUUUUAGAUUCUGUUUUUGCUAAAGGAAUGACUGUGCGGCAGUCAAAAGAGGAGCUACUUCCUCAGCUCAGGGAACAGUGUGGACUAGAUCUGACUAUUGACAGAUUUCGCCUGAGAAAGAAGACCUGGAAAAACCCAGGAACUGUUUUUCUGGAUUAUCAUGUUUAUGAAGAAGACAUUAAUAUUUCAAGUAACUGGGAGGUUUUCCUAGAAAUACUUGAUGGAGCAGAAAAAAUGAAAUCUAUGUCACAGCUUGCUGUUCUGUCAAGAAGGUGGAGGCCAUCAGAUAUGAAGCUGGAUCCAUUUCAGGAAGUAGUUUUGGAGAGCAGCAGUGUUGAUGAAUUAAAAGAAAAGCUUAGUGAAAUAAGUGGAAUCCUUUUAGAAAACAUUGAGUUUGCAAAGGGCAGAGGAACAUUUCCAUGUGAGAUCUCAAUUUUAGAAAUACAUCAGGAUUUGGAUUGGAAUCCUAAGGUUUCAACACUGAAUGUAUGGCCCCUCUACAUCUGUGAUGAUGGAGCAGUGAUUUUUUAUAGGGAUAAAACUGAAGAAGUGGUGGAAUUGACCGAAGAGCAGAGAAAUGAGUUAAUGAAAAAAGAAAGCAGCAGACUUCAGAAAACUGGACACCGUGUGACCUACUCGCCUCGUAAAGAAAAAGCAUUAAAAAUAUAUCUGGAUGGAGCACCAAAUAAAGAUUUGACUCAAGACUGAUAUUUCAGCAUUUUCCCCGGGGAAUUUUUUGUUACAUGUGAGAGGUACACUACUACUGUGUAGUGCCGUUAUGGCAGGACAUUAGGUGUAAGGACACCAGCACUGAUUGGUAAAACUGCAGCCCAAUCAAGCUCAGUGCCCAGUCAGGUCACUGUUUGAUUUGGAAUCAUGUUGUGCACUAUAGUCAAAUGUACUGUAAAGAUAAAAGGGAUGUGCAAAUAAACAAAACGAAACAAAAAUGGGGCGGGGAGGGGUAAUGAGCAAAUCGACAGUGUGCACAUAACAGUAGCUAGUAAACUAGCCUCAAACAGGAUAUUCAUAGCUUGAUAAUAAAAGCUGUGCAAAGGCCAUGAAUGAAUUCUUUUCUGUUUUGUUUCACUGAUGCACACAUUACCUCAUUGAAGAUUUCUGAAGUAAAUGUGACAGUGGCUUUUUGAAAAGCUCAAGAGUGGAAAUGUGAUGGAAUUGGCAGACUCCAACCCUUAAAAGUUAACAUUUUUAUCUGAAUCUCGUUAAGAUUUCUCUUCUACAAAGCAGGACAUCUCUGAAGUAUAAAGAAUAAAUAAAUGUAUUUUUUAGCAGAAGUUACCAUGACCAGCAGAUGGUGUUUCAUUUUGGAGCAGUGUUGUAACCAAUUUUUAUUUAGGUUAUGAAUAACAGGUGACUUUACUGUUCCAUUUAGUGUGUAAAUACAACUCUGUCCUGAGUUAGCAGAACUACAUUUCAGCUGCUUACUAUGGUAUUUCUCGUCACAUAUCAAUAUUCACUGUAUACAUUUAAAAGUAUAGCUGCCUAUUUAAAUUUGUAUUCAUUUUGUGUUUGGCAAAUGCUGGGUACUUAGAUUUGUAAUUUUCCCUUGUUACUGAGUUUUUGGGGGUGGGUUUUUGAGUCAGCUACUUAUUUUUGUACAUUUUUGUUUUUGAGCUCUUACAGGUUUGGAUCUUCUAGUACCAUUACAAGUCCAUACUUUAUUUUUCUUUGGAGUUGAUCAUAGUUUUUAUAUGUAGCUUUUUAAAAAGUUGGACAUCUCCCAGUAUAAAUUAUCCAGUAGUUCAGGAGUGGUACAGAUUGAUGCAGUAAAGAUUAUUUCAUUUGCAAAGCUUAGACAAGUAAGAUUUUGCUUUGCUAUGUUCUUAAGAUCAAUUACAAACAAUUCUAUAGAAGGUUGUCCUUUUUUCAGAAAUACCAUCUAAUUUAUAUCAAUAAAAGGUUUUGGUAAACUUUUCCAUGCCAGAUGCUGUUUACAACAAUGAACAUGCCAAUAAAACAUUUGUUCAUUCUGUUAUUUUAAUAA